CACUCACCACUCCAUAGCGAAAUAUGCAGCUCCGCCCCUGAACAUGUCAUAUCCAUGUCACGGCCUUUGCUGAGCCUGCAAGUCCACGACUCGAUCGUUUUCUCGUUUUCUAGUUGUCUUGUCCUUGCUACGGGCGAUGAUCGGAUCCAGCGUUCCCACUGCUCCGGGCGUGAACCGGAACCAUCAUAUACAUACAGAGUAGUGUAAAACACUUUCAUUAUUGCGGCCUGCCGGCAUUGCAGAUUCGAGACUCUGUUCUUGUGGUUCAUGUUUCGAAAGCCCGACUGUCUUGUCUGAACGACGACCAUCCACUAUUUCACCAUGGCAAGCGCUCCUCCACCUCCGGCGCUGACCGAAGCCCAAUUCCAUGACAGUCGUGGGAUGACCGUCAACAUCAUUGCGUGGGUAUUUACUGGCAUUGCGAUUGCGACGGUCUUCCUGAAGCUAUUUGCGCGGUCACAGAUUACCAAGCGCCUUGGCUGGGAUGACUUUUUCAUCUUCCUCUCGCUGGCUCUCAGCAUAAUCGCUGCGGCAUUUGUAUCUUACUCCGUUACCCUUGGCCUGGGUCGGCAUACGGCAGCGGUAAUCGCUGACCAUGGGGCCGACGGAGUGGUCCUUACAGCCAAAUGGCAGAUUUUGGGAUUUCCCUUCAACAUUGGCGCCUUCAGUUUCCCGAAUAUCUCCAUCGCUAUCCUCAUUGUCCAUCUCCUGGACCGGUACCCGCUGCGCACGAAUCUCCUCUACGGCAUGGUCACCGUGCAAGUCGUGAUCGCCCUCGUCUCCGUCGUCCUCAUCUUCGUGCAAUGCACGCCGGUUGAGAUGCUAUGGAACCCGAACACGCCGAACGCCAAGUGCUGGGAUCCGGCGGUGUUCAACAACUUUAACUACUUCGUCAGCGCGUACACGACGGUGACGGACAUUGUGCUUGCCGUUGUCCCCAUCUCGGUGUUCUGGAAGCUGCAGAUGCCCUUCUCGACCAAGUUGGGUGUCUGUAUCAUGAUGGGGCUGACGCUGCUGAGCGCCAUUGUCACGAUUGUGAAGGCGACGUAUCUGCAUCUAUUUACGGACCGCACGGAUCCUCUAUGGAACGUGGUCCCCCUCGUCAUCUGGGGCCUCAUCGAGCAAAACGUCGUCCUCGUCGCCGCCUGCAUCCCGACCCUGCGGCCUUUCUUCCACAAAGCUACCUUCCGGUCGGCCAACUCGCGCUCCGGCACGGACAAUUCGCGGAGUCGUUCCGGAUCCCGCUUCAAGCUCUCCUCCAACCCAAAGGGACGGGCCUCUUCUGUCUCGGAACUGGCGCUCAGAGAAGAUGCCAAAUACGAGACGAGGGCGAAAGGCUACGAUGCCGAGAGCAACAAUAGCCAGCAGGGCAUCUGGCGCACGAUGGAGGUCGAUAUUAGUAGCGGGAAGGAGAGGGACUCGGAAAGGGGCGAGAAUAGGAAGUUUAGGGAUAUCGUACCCUCGAGUUUGCGCACCUAAUCCUAACCCUACCUACCUGACGAGGCUUUUGGGUUGGGGUAAUGCCUCUCAUUUACGGACUUAUGAUUCAAAAAAAUUCUUGUUGUUCCUAGGGAACAGCGAUUGGUAUUAGACCAAUGGAUACAAACGGAUUCGGAGCGACUGCCGGGGCCAAAGGUUAUAUAUACCACUUUUGUUUGGAUAUUUGGAACUUCAGAUCAGGGAUCAUUCUAUUCGAAUGUAUUAUUAUCAACGUUACUUCGAACAU